AUAGGGGAGAGAGAUAGCAAAUUAAAGCAAGAAGAAACCUAUCUCGUCCCUGAAACAAUGGCGGCAUCGGGCUCAAGCGUGAGUUUGAAGCUCCUCAUAGACAAGAAGACACAAAAAGUAAUUUUCGCCGAAGCCGAGAAGCCCUUCGUGGAUUUCUUGUUCCACCUCAUGUCUUUGCCUCUCGGGACCGUUAUCAAACUCGUGAGCCAGAAGGGUGCCAUGGUCGGCUCCCUCGGAAAUCUGUACAGCAGCAUAAAAAACAUCAGCCAAACAUACCUCCAACCCAACUUAAACAGAGACGUCCUUUUGAACCCAAAAAUUGCGACUCCCUCUUUCAACGUGCCACUUCUCUUGGCCGCCGGUGGCGGCGCUUCCCAGGCCAAGAAGUUCUACGUUUGUACUGGCUCCAACGGGUAUGCUUGCGGCCGCCGGUCCAUCUCCGAGGACCCGAAAGCGAUUUGUCCGAAUUGCAGGUCCUACAUUAGUAGCGAGGCGUCUUAUGUUGCUCCGGUGAAGGCGGAUUGUAGUAGCAGGGAUAAUGAAAGUGGUGGGGGGUUUGUGAAGGGUGUUGUGACGUACAUGGUGACGGAUGACUUGAAGGUGAUGACGCAAUCCACCAUUUCUACCAUUACCAUUAUGAAUGAUUUCAAUAUUAAGGACUUUGGAUCCGUUGAGGAGAAGGAUGUUCGUGUGGGUGUUGAUGAGGGAUUGAAGUUGUUGAAAGCUGCUUUGCAUACUGACUCCGUUCUCACAGCCGUAUUCCUUGGGGAAUAGAAUAGCCUUAAUUUACUGCAACGUAACAUGCCCACAACCUUAGCUUUUUAUGGCUUACUGUACUGGCUAGCUUCUGGGAACAUGUUACUAGAGUGCGUAUCUGGUUGAAUUUUAUCUAUGUUUUUUGCAACUGAAUUUUAUCUAUGUUGUGGUUGGUAACCAUGAAUGGUGCAUUGGUGCGUGUUAUGUUAUUGUUUCA